CCGGACCACCGUGCCGUGUCCCUGCAGUGCUCGGUGCUGUGCCCGGAGGCAGCGCUGACGGCGAUGGUCGUGUGCCUCACCUGGGGCUGCCAAGCCCCCGCGGCGGCGCUUUGCGCCCCGGUUUUGGGCCCGCCGCAGCCUCCGCCGCCUCCGCAGACGACUGCCACGACGUUCUGCUCCGUGAUCCCGAUCCACCCCUGGAAGCAGUCGUAUGGCAUGGAGCAGGUGUGGCAGGCCGAGUUCCAGAAGCUGUUCUCGCAGUACGUGCCCCAGACGUGGUACCUGCUGCCGGUCGUGCAGCGCCCCAUCGGCGUCAACUGGCAGACGUUCGUCGACUCGGCCAAAGUGCGCUUCUGCUGCGAGGAGUGCGGCCACGGCUGGACUUCGAUGAAGGGUCGCAUCUCGUUCUGGUUCCUCCUGACGAGCCACGGCGAGGGCCUGGUCACCUUCAAGCUGUACGGCCAGCAGUGCGACAAGUGCAAGGUGGGCCGCUAUGAGCCGGCCAUGUGGUACCCGGAGGAAGUGGUCAAGGUGCUGGUCAACAUCUACAACCGGGUGGGCCAAGUCUACUACGGCUUCCAGCAGCCACCAAUUCACAAGAACCGGCGGCCGGGGAAGCCGCGAAACCCGCACAACGCCGACCUGUGCCAGGCUUGCAAAGAUGGCGUCUGCUCCGAACGGAGGUGAUCGCGCACCGACUCUUCGGCCACACCAGCUGUGAAAUGCAACAGUGAACUCCCGUUUUACAGACGGUGACGUGCUGAUUGAUUACACCAUAAAAUGAAAACAUGCUUGCGCCAACUACACUGUAGUCGGGCGAACUUAGGGAAGCACUAUACACUAAUCUUGUGAGUGUUCAGAGCCAGCAAUGGAUGACGAUUGCAGGGCAUGCUGCCAGCCCUAAAUGGUCACAGUCACAGCCCGUGGCCAGAUUUUCAAAUGGUGGUCUCGCAAGAGCGCAAGUAUGGGAAUUUUUUUUUAUUUAAAAUCACAGAUGCCCGGCCUUUCGUUCACAGCCAAGAGAGGACAUUCUGUUGCACACGCGCCAACUUGCGGCUCACACGAGAACUGCGUAAGCUCACCGAAGAAUACAGAUCUAGUACCAAUAAUUUUCGAGAAUAUUUAGUAAAAACACCUCUCACCUUUCAUAUGAGGCAAUGUGCGCCACACUUGUGUACGACUCCUAUAAUGGUUAUGGAAAAGUCUAAUGAGAGAAUUGUUUCCAUGGUAGUAAAUCUAAAAA